AUGAAGGCUGCAUGCAGUAGUAGUAGCAUCAGUAGCAGCAGCAUCAGUAAGAGCAGCAGCAGCCAGGACUUUGUUAAUACAGACCAGACACCAGACGUCUCCCACGUUGUGUCCUGGAAGUCCAGAGGACAGACAGAAGACACUAGCCAACCCCAGGAUAACUCAGACACCACAGCCUUGGCGUCACAGACGGUCAUUCACACCGACAGCAUCUACACUUCCACUGCCAUUAGUCGCGCAGGGGAGAGGACUCUGCUGUCUGUGACCUCGUCCUCUGGCAACAGCACCUCGUCCGCAUUUACUGAUGACUCCAAAUCUCAUCAGCCUCCCUCUACCGGGGUUAUUCCCGCCAGGUCUACGGAGACUGAGGACUACACCCACCCGUCCCCUAGAAGUGACAGCAGGGACACAACAGACCAACACUUGACCCAGCCUUUUAAGGGGAUGUUUUCUGAGACUGGAACCCCAAGUUUAACUGAGCCCCCUAACGCCACACGACAUCAGCAAACCUCAGCAUCGGAAGAGUCCUCCGAGUCAACGCCACCUCUCACAGUGAGCGAGCUCAGCACCGACCAAUCUGACAUGUCAGUUUCAUCCCCACCUCCUGUUACCUCACCUUCACGAGCUCCCACCGACACCUCAGGGACUGACCUGGAGUCAGACUCUUACGUCAUGACCUCCACUGAGUCCUCCCCUGCAGACCACAGCCCCAGCACACAGAACCAGGAGGGCACAGAGAGGCACAGCAUGGAUUUGGGUCUGACCACAGCACCCCCUACAGUCAGUAUCAAUACUUCUGAAAUGGAUGGCUCUCUGACUGGCCCUUCAACAGUGGUUACUGAGACCUUCCGUUCCACCACUCCUGUCCCUGUAACAGAGAGACCACAAGUAACAGAAGUGGAUACUUUCAAAGCCUCUGCCUCCUCCUCCUCCUCCUCCUCCACCACCACCACCACCACCACCACAACUCCUCUGUCUGCAACCUCAUCCUCUAGUUUCAGCAGCACCGCUAACGGCUCAGCUCCAGAAUUACACACCGAGGCCACUACGUCCUCCACGACAGCCUCCACCCCGGCCCUGCAGACUUCUGCAGUACACCCAACUCAGCCUGUGUCGCCAAUUCAAACAGUGGGGCCCUCAACUGGAGCUGACUCCACUUACCCUACCACCCUGCAGGUAGAAACAGGCACAGUGGGUGCCACCACUUCUCAUAGCCAGCAGAUCAUCACCACCUCCACCCACAGCACCCCAACCAGGAGUACAGAGGCUCAGAGGCGCACCACCAGGAAACAGACAACCACAGGACUGUUGGUGACAACAUCACCCACUGUCACCCUACCCACGAAGACACCGCCACCUGCAAGAAACUUGUGUGUGUCAAACCCCUGUUUGAACGGAGGGAUGUGUGUGAGCUAUAAAAGGCACCAGUACACAUGUCACUGUCAUCAGGCAUGGACUGGACCAACCUGCAACCAAGAUGUGAAUGAAUGUCAGAGGGAUCCCUGCCCACUCGGGUCCAGGUGUGUGAACACACGAGGCUCCUUCAGCUGUGAAUGUCCACUCGGCUUUGACCUCGAGGACGGACGCCUCUGCACCAGAGCAAAGACAUUUCUGGGAACGUUCAGUGUGAACAGACAACCACAGGACCCCGUUAUCUUCAAGAGUGUCACCAUGCAUGAGAUCCAGAGAGAGAUUAUUCAGCUGCUCAACGCUUCGUUGUCUGUCCUUCGAGGUUACAGGCGCUCAACCCUGAAUAAGAAAGAGGAGGACGGGGUCCGAAUCACAGCCGUCAACAUGUUUUCCAUCUCCACUGACGUGACGAGCACUGAGGUCUUCAACAGCAUCCAGAUGUCGCUCAGCAACUGCAGUUCCUCGACGACCCACUGUCACGUGGUCCUGCACCACCAGCUCACUUAUCACGUGGAGAGUCUGUGUGUGGCUCAGAAGACUCAGUGCGAUGCCGAGCGUUCCACCUGCACAGACAGCGGCGGAACAGCCUACUGCCAGUGUUUUCAGGGAUACUACAAGCACAAUCCCGACGACUUGUCCUGCCUAGAAUGUGGAGAUGGCUACAAGCUGGUUAAUGGCACCUGUGUCCCAUGCAUGUUUGGAUUUGGAGGAUUCAACUGUGGAAAUUUUUACAAGCUGAUUGCAGUGGUAGUGUCACCUGCAGGGGGCGCUUUGCUCCUCAUCCUUAUCAUAGCUCUCAUUGUCACCUGCUGCAAAAAAGACAAGAAUGACAUCAACAAGAUCAUCUUCAAGAGUGGAGACCUGCAGAUGUCACCAUAUGCGGACUUCCCCAAAAAUAACCGCAUAUCCAUGGAGUGGGGCAGAGAGACCAUAGAGAUGCAAGAGAACGGCAGCACCAAGAACCUGCUACAGAUGACCGACAUUUACUACUCUCCUGCGCUGCGUAACUCAGACCUGGAGAGAAACGGCCUGUAUCCGUUCCCAGGUCUGCCGGGCUCUCGCCACUCAUGCAUCUACCCUGCCCAGUGGAACCCCUCCUUCGUCAGUGACGAUUCACGAAGACGAGACUACUUUUAACUGCUCCACCUUGAAAAUACACUCUCACUCACACUCACACACACACACACACACACACAUUUUUCAUCUCUCAUACUAACAGGUAUGACAGUUCAUGAUGGUUUUCCCAAUGCUCCUUUGGCCUCAUAUGAAUCUUAAUAUUUUGAAAACCAUUUUGACUGUAACCAUUCAGGGCUGUACAUUACUUGUGUAAAUGAAUGUGUGUUCCUGUGUGUGCAUAGCAUGGAAGUACACAUUUCUGUGUACUUUUGUGAUUGUGUGAACAUUUUUUGCAUGUUUUACCUCACUUACAUUAACUUGCCUGUACUUGACACUGCUGCUGUUUUCUUGCCCAGUAAAUAGCAAACUAGUGGGCGUUUCUUUGUAAUUAUCCCAUUGACCAAAUUCAUUGAUACAUUCUUGAUUCUCAUUUUGUUAUUCACAUCAAAAAAGCUAUUUGUAAACACAACACAUGGCUUCUCACUUGGGUCUGUGUUUUGCUGAAAUCUUAAAAAAACUCAGUUGUUUAGGAAACUGCAGUAAAUUGGAACUGCAUGAAUGCACGAUGGUAAAUGGUAGAUGGUAAAACAGCAGCAUUGUAAACUACAUGUAAUCUGUACCAAAAUGAUCAGAACAUGCAAAAAAAAUGUAUCAUGUUUGAUGCUGAAAAUAUGAAUAUGUGCAUCCCACUGCUGUGAUUAGAAAACAGGUUUCCUCAUAUUGAUGGAACGUGGCAAGAACAAACCACUACUUUUACAUUUACGCAAGCAUAAAGUGUAUUCUGGUGCCAACAUUUAUUUAUUCCCUGUAUGUCUAAAUCCUUGACAGGUAGCAUAGUUAACUAAUCAUUCAUACACACUGACAGAGUUAGGAGGAAGAAACCUGUGGCUUUAAAUGUGUGUGUGUGUGUGUGUGUGUGCAACUGUGUAUAUGGCAUAAGUGAUGGUGUAUGUGAGGUGUGUCUGAGGAAUCCUAUGUAGAAUGGUCAUCACUGUCAAUGAGUGUAUGUGUAUGAAUGUAAAGAUGUAACAUAAUUAGAUAUUUCUGACACGGAGUAUAGUUUUUAUGUGAGCUAUGUUUGUCCUUUGUGUUUAUAAGGUUUGUUGAUUCUGGCGUUUUAGUCAGAUGUGCUUAUUUAAAUAAUAAUAAUAAAAACAAAAAUAUUGCAAAGUA